AUGGCGAGAGCCCGACAGAGCCAGGCAAGUGCUCUCGCCAACAGCCAUACUAUUCAAUUGGCUGCGACCGAGAAAAGCUUGGAGAUCAUCGGGUACGGGAAAGUGGGAAGAUCAAUAAAUCCCGCCCACAAAUGGAUUAAUAAAUAUCGAGUAUUGAAUAGUUGGAAGAAGGAUGAGGAGUUGACGAUGGAGAAUAAGAGAACUGCCGCACAGGAGGUGUGCUCGCUGGUGGUAAUUCGGUGCCCGGUGCGAGGCUCCGCUUCGACGCCUGCGUCUUGCCAUCACCAAUCAACACUAAUCAAAGCUGCAAGAUAUGCGUCGGCGAGAGAGUAUCGGCAUCAGAGAGACGCGCGACGAUCCGACGACAACCUUGAUGAUGAUGAAGAAGAAGAAGAAGAAGAAGAAGAAGAGGAACAACGAUUCCAUCCGCCCCCAACUGCGAUGAGCCAUCAAGCAACAACUCGCCGAUCGAGGCCGCCGCAGAAACUCUUUGUGCUUUGUGAGGGAGGCGCGCGGAUCAACAAUUCGAGCGAUGGUGACACUCCAUUCGAUUGCGGCGCUCAUGGGUAUUGCUUUCCCGAAAAUCGAACAACAACAGCUUCAGAUAAGUGCGUUUCGUGCUCGCAAUGCUAUUGCCCCGACGGAACUGUGCAAGUGUCAACGAAUGAAUGUCAAGCUCCUUCGUCGUGUGUUCCGAACCCGUGCACAAAUGCGAAUCAGGAAUGCCAAGUGGAUGCUGGAAACGCGAAAUGCGUAUGCUUGCCAGGAUACACUGGAUCGGAUUGCAGCUACUUGGCCACCGAUCCGUGCUCCAAAGAGCCGUGCCUUCAAGGAGGCGCAUGCUCAUCAAUAGGCUCGGAUUACACUUGCACAUGCCCAACAGGUUACUAUGGAACUCAGUGUCAAUAUGAAGGAGAUCCGUGCAGUGGAUAUUGCCAAAAUGGCGGAACUUGUGAGAUGGUGUUCCAGGGAACCACACCGCAUUGCAUAUGCCCAUUUGAGUACAUUGGCGAGAAUUGCGAAACCAAAAGAAAUGUUCAAACAUCGUUCGUCGAUUGUUUCGAUGAUUCAGCAGCUUCAUUCACUGAUUACUACGUCUAUCCAUUGGCGAUUUCUAAGGGAACUGAUUGUCGAGAUGCUCUGAUCGAUUUCAGAAAAGCAAACCCCGAAUCGAAUUACGCGUUUUCAACGAUGAGCGGAACCCGUCAGAAAUGUUUGUUCUCGACAACCAAUCAAUUAACAGUGACCCCGAAGCCUAGAGGAUUGCUCGGCGGAUUGUUGAACGCCCUCUUAAACACUUGUGCCUACUCAACGCUGGACGCUGGCUUGGCUUCGGUUUACGAACUCAACGACAUCUGCGCAAUGGAUCCUUGCCGAGAAAACGUCGGCCAGGGCUAUUGUGUUCAGCUCUCGUCGACGAGCCGAGUGUGCAAAUGCAAUCCAUUAAACACCGGUACAUAUUGUGGCAUGGUGGCGACAUUGACGCCAUGCGAUGGGAUCGACUGCGGUGCGGGAACGUGUGAAGUCACCGAUGACCAAAUUGGGCACUACUGCAAAUGCAGCAAUGUUAAGAAACUCACACCUUGCGAAGCCGACCCCUGUGGGAAUAGCGAAUGCCUUUAUGGCGGUACUUGCGUCGAUCUGGGAAAUGGGAAUUAUACAUGUGACUGCCUCAAUUUGUAUACUGGCGAUCGAUGUGAAAUUUAUGAGCCUUGCGUAUUAGAACAGUGCGAAAAUGGAGGAACCUGUGUGCCGGAGUAUAAUCUUUUGGAUAGCAAAAUCAGUUGCGAAUGCACGUCGGAUUGGAAGGGCGAUUAUUGCGAAGAAGUUAAACUCGCAUGUGAUGAGAUGCCGUGUAAGAACGGAGCAAUCUGCAAUGACAUUAUCGGGCCUCCGAACACGUACAAUUGCACGUGCACACCGCAAUGGGAGGGAUUCAAUUGCACAAGCGACAUCGAUGAAUGCGCAUUGGACGUGACGUUAUGCAAAUCCAAGGAUCCGGGAGCUCAGUGUGUCAACACCAACGGAAGCUACUACUGCGUUUGCAGUGCGAAUAUGUUCGGAGCAGGCUGUGCAUAUAACAAAAUUAUUUAUGAGAUUAUUAAUUCGACGUAUGGAGGAAUGAAUGAAACGGAAAUGGAACAGAUGGUCGAAGAGCUCACAAACGAUCCAACAUUGGUCCGAGAUAUUGUGCCAUUCCUAAUUGGCGGUUAUAGCGAAGAAACACGAAUAAGUUUAUCAUGGUCCGCUGAAGACAUGUUCCUUUGGGUUGCUUAUGAGAAAGAGCUUAUAGACGUGAAGAAAAAUUUCUAUUCGUGGAACGACAAGGUAUUAGGAAAUUGUUUCACUUUCAAUCAUUUGAAUGCUUCUUAUCAAUAUUUAACAAGAAGUCCUGGCUAUGCAGGAGGACUUGAGAUUCAAAUGAAUGUGAAACAGGAUGAAUACCUUCCUUGGAUUGAUACAGCAGCAAUCCAAGUGUUCACGAGUACAACUGAGGAAAUAGUCACUUCGGAAUCACCCAGAGUUAAUUGUCCGCCGAAAUUUGAAUCUAAUAUUGCGAUUGAUAGAAAAGAUUAUAUUCGUCUUGGCGGCAGAUAUGGCAAAUGCGCAUCAUCUAUUGAAGACGUUGGAUCCUAUUACUAUGCCGGCGAAUACACUACAGAUGGAUGUUUGCGAUCAUGCUAUCAGGAUGUUGUACAAAACGCGUGCACUUGUAUGGAUCCGAGAUAUCCGAUGCCUGCCGGAGCGAGCUCAUGCAACAUCACUAAAAAGAACUGCAUUGAUGAUCUGCUGCUGGCUCGAGGAGACCCGUCCCAGUGGGAAGAGUGCGAUUGCCCUUUGCGAUGUUCCGAAAGAAUCUACACUGCGAAACUGACAAGAUUGACAUUUACCAAAAAGAUGUAUGAAUGUGAGCAGAAUUUCUUGGCAGUGAACAAGAGGAAAUGCUACAAUACUUCUGAUGAUAUGGUCCUUAUUCGAAUCGGCCUUCCCAAACUAACUUAUUUCAUCUACCAAGAGCAACCUGCCAUGGAUUUCUCCAAGUUCAUGUCUUAUACCGGAGGCUUAUGCGGAGUACUCGCUGGACUCUCCAUCGUCGCGUUCAUUGAGCUCAUCUUUCUCAUUUUCAAAUUAUUACUGAUUUUAAUUGCAAAUAGGGAAAUUUGA